GUCAGGAGUUUAGAGCCAAAUCAGUACAAGAUCUGAUGAAAAAAUACAAUGUCUUAUACUCGCCAACACAGAACGAGACUAAGGCGAGCACGAGCGAACGUGCAGUAUUAAGCUUAAAAUCAAGAACAAUGCGCUACUUAACUUACAAGGAUAACUACACAUGUCUACCUGUUUUAUCAGCCAUUUCAAUAUCAUACAAUAACUCAUACCAUAGAACAAUUGGAACAACACCGGCCAGUGUAAACGCCAACAACGAGGAAGAAGUGAGAUUAGCCACAUAUUUUGCACAAAAUCCGUGGAAAGACAAAAUUGACGCGAAACUUAAAAGGUUCAGAACUAAAAUUGGUGACUAUGUAAGGAUUACAUACUUGAGAAAUGUGAUUACUCGUGCGUAUGAUCAAACGUACAGUGGAGAAGUGUUCCGAGUUUCCAAACGUUAUUACAGAGGAAUUUUACCUGUAUACAGACAGAAUGAUUUACAAGAUGAAGAAAUUAAAGGAACAUUUUAUGAGAAUGAAUUGCAGAAAGUGGACUAUGAUCCCGACCAGGCAUUUAAAAUCGAGCAAAUUCUCAAAACUAAAGGCAAAGGACAAAAUAAACAAUACUUUGUGAAAUGGAAAAACUAUCCGAAGGAAUUUAAUAGCUGGAUCAAAGCUAAUGACUUUGUGUGA